AUGAGAUUUCAAGCGUUUAUCGGCAUUUUACUGGUCUUCCUCUCAGGGGCUCACUCGGCAACAUUCACAUUCACAAACAAUUGUCCUUACACAAUUUGGCCAGGAACCCUAAUCGGAGGCGGUGGCUCACAAUUAUCUUCCACCGGAUUCGAGUUAGCAUCCGGUGCUUUGACAUCUUUAAAUGUUCAAGCUCCAUGGUCCGGCCGCUUUUGGGGCCGCACCCAGUGCUCCACAGACUCCUCAGGAAAGUUCAGUUGCGCCACGGGCGAUUGUGGCUCUGGCAAGAUCACAUGCAACGGUGCUGGUGCAAUUCCACCAGCAUUACUGGUGGAAUUGACCCUAGCAAUCAAUGGAGGACAAGAUUUCUAUGAUGUAAGCCUUGUUGAUGGCUUCAACUUGCCCAUUAUGCUAGCCCCCCAAGGGGGCUCUGGGGACUGCAACUCCACAAGUUGUGCAGGCAAUGUCAAUACUGUUUGUCCUCCUGAGUUGUCAGUGAAAGGAUCAGAUGGGAGUGUGAUUGGUUGCAAAAGUGUAUGCAUGGCUUUAAAUCAGCCCCAAUAUUGUUGCACUGGUGCUUAUGGUUCCCCAGAUACAUGCCCUCCUACUAACUAUUCAAAGAUCUUCAAGAACCAGUGUCCUCAGGCUUAUAGUUAUGCUUAUGAUGACAAAACUAGCACUUUCACAUGCUUUGGUGGCCCUAAUUAUGCAAUUACUUUCUGCCCUUGA